GCUCUUCCUCUCGUGUGUCAGCGAAGAGUGAGGGGCGGAGGAGGAGCGUUCGCCGCUCUUAAAGGGGCCACGGUGCCUCGCGGUGGGCCCCCUCCCCCGUCCCCUGUAUCCAUAGGGAGUCCUCAACGGAACAGCGCUGCCCGCACCAACGCGGGGAGAUGGAGUGGACGGCGGCGAGAGAGCUGGCGCUCCGGAGCGAAGCCUGAGCGAGACGGUUGGUGGAGGAAGGAGGGGCGCGCGGGUAACGGAGGGAAAGCGGCGCUCCUCUCCCCCUCCCCCGGCCGCUGCGCGCUGGCCUCUGAUUGGCCGCGGCCCGAGAGGGGCUGGCAGCCGUUGGCUUGAGGGAGAGGGAGGGGCGGGACUGUGGAUUCGAGGGGGAGGACCGGCAGCGUCGGCGGAGCACGAGAAUGGCACGAGUUGGGGGGCGCUGGGCAGGUUCCCCCGUUCACCCCCCACCCCGUCAAUGCAUCUCUGCGCUGUGCGGGCCAAAAGAACAGACACGUUGUAACACCUAGAAGACUAUAGGGGGAGGACUCUGCAGGGGGUUCGACUAGAUGACUCGGGGGGUCCCUUCCAAUCUAUCAUCCUUCGAUUCUGAUCUUUAUUAUUCCAAGGAGGAGAUAGUCAAUUUCUUUCAUCAAGAAAAGUACUCUUCUUUUUUCCUGUAACAUUAAACCUCAAGAUAAUCCAUUUGUGCUUUUGCUGUUUUUUGCCUCCUUUUUCUGUUCUUCCUUUUUGUUUUGUUUUGUUAAGGCAAGAAAAGGCCAUUCAUUUCUGUACAGUAAGGAUGGGCAGACAUCAGGAUUUACUUCAUUUUUUUUUUUUUUUUUUACUGGGAUCCAAAUGGUGCAAAAUACUGAUCCACAAGGCAGAGCUGUAGCUACCAGCUGGGGGUGGGGGGUCUAUCCAGGUUUUUUGCCCAGGGUGAAGCCUCCAGAGGGGCGACAUUGAGGCUCCCAGCCUGUGUGUGCAUGCCAAACUGGGUCUUUGCCCCUGGUGAAAUAAGCCCAAGUUUCACCCCUGCCACAAGGAACUGACACCCAAAUGGUGCAAAAUAUUGGAGUGGACGAGGAGCCAGUUGCAAAAUGACAGUCCAGAGGAAGAGGCAAGUUACCCGUUGCUCACACACCAAGCCUUAGACUGGGUUGACAAGUAUAAAAGUACAAAUCUCUUUCUGAAUUGUGGCAGUUCAGGGAUUCCAAAGAAACCACCAGCAAUGGCACCAUCUUGCAGUUGCCAUUGUUAAACAGGUGGAGGAAGUCUUGCAAGUCUUUCACAAAGCACCGAGAGGUCACCCAGUAGAUUCUGACCCACCUGUUGCUUCAUAAGAUAGAGAAGUGGCAUAGUCAAAUUCUAGUUUGACAGGUACUGCAUCAUUCCGGUAAUAAUAGGGAGAGGGGGAAUGCCAGGGGGUUUAAGAUGCAAUAUCUAGCAGCAGACAUGUGCAUUGUAAAAGGCAUGGAUAGGCAAACUAAGGUUCGGAGGCCGGAUCCAGCCCACUCGCCUUCUAAAUCCGUGGACGGUCCGGGAAUCAGCUUGUUUUUACAUGAGUAGAAUGUGUCCUUUUAUUUAAAAUGCAUCUCUGGGUUAUUUGUGGGGCAUGGCAUAGGAAUUUGUUCAUCAUUUUCUUUCAAAAUAUAGUCCAGCCCCCCCACAAGGUCUGAGGGACAGUGGACCGGCCCCCUGCUGAAAAAGUUUGCUGACCCCUGGUAAAAGGGGUAUGGUUUCCUGGGAGUGUACACAAGGGAGCUUGGGUCAUAUGUAACCUCUGAAAGGUAGAGUUGUGGCACUUUAGAGACUGACAGCGCAAGGACAGGUUUCUGCAUCCUGAUGAGCUCUGAAAGCAGCUUACCCAAAACACCUUUACAUUAAAAUCACAUUAUUAUUAUUAUUAUUAUUAUUAUUUUAUUUUAAUUUUUUAUUGGAAUGUUAUUUACAACAUAACAUAAACACCCCACCCCACCCUCCAAUAGACAAAUCUAAAAUCACAUUAUUAAAGUGUCCAAAAUAGAAUGUGGCUUCAGGAACAUGCAAGGAUAUUUCCUGCCUUCUCCGCCAGCUAAAACCGUUCGGUGUUCCCUUUGGCGACCCCUUUGCAGGCAGCAGUGCCUUCUGAGGAAGACCCUUAGGCAAGGGAAUGGGGUGGACCAGCAGGGUUUGCUCAGCCAUUGAUGGAGGAAACGUGUGUGCCCCCUGUUCACAGCAGUGUCGGCUCUUUAUAGCUUGCUUGCGUGGCGCAGUUGGGAGUUCCUCGUGGAUCACAACUCCCAUUGCCUUUUUCCAGCGAGGCAGCUUGGGAGAUGAUGGACCACGGGCGCCAGGGCCGCCAGCGGGCCUCCGAAACGAUUCGCAAGCAGAAGCGCAAGGAGCUGGAUGCGCGGCGGAGCAAGUGCCGCAUCCGAAUCGGCAGCCACCUGGAGCAGUGGUGUCAGCUGAAGGAGCAGCUGGGGUUCUCUUUGCACUCCCAGCUGGCCAAGUACCUGCUGGACAGGUGAGGAAGCUGCUUCAGGGAGAACUUGACUUCCACCUGCCUAUUCCUUGGCCUGCUUUACCUGUGUGUCAAGUGCUAGAUUUGCAUGCGCUGAAGUAACUGGGUAUGUGCAGGUGAGAAGUGGCAAGUCUGACAAAAAGCCAGGCAGGUUUGUGGGAGAUGGAGAUGGUUAGUUUUGAGCAAGCUGCUGUGUCUCGGUUUUUGCUUGUCUCCCCCACCCUCCCUUGCAGUACACAGAUAAUAUGGACCUAAUUUUCCUGGUUGUUACAGGGAUUACCGAGGCCUGGUUUAAAGGUAAUGCCUUUGAUAUACAAAAAUACAUACCUGUGAAGGGAUCCAGACACAAUGUUCUGUUCCAGUGGUGUUGCUGGUACCUAUCAGAGUUUGAUAGUGCAUUAAUACAGCACAUGCAACCUCACAUAGGGAAGUCAAUUUACAUAUCUGAUGUCUCAUUUAAAUUUGGCCUGAUAUAAAAUCCCUGAAGCAACGAUGGUGGCCCGAUGACACUUGGGAUGUUGUCAAGAGUCCAACUCCCACCAUUCCUGAACACUGGCCAUGUUGACUUGUGGGACUCCCAGCAACAUCUGGAAGGCCAUAGGUUCCUCAGCCCUGCUCUAGCAAAUGCUCAACUUCUUAUUUCAUCAGUAAUAUUGAGGAAAGCAGUUGCUGCAAAUCAAGUGCAGACCCCUGUAUUUUGCCUGCUCACCUUCCUGCCUCUUCUCUUUCUCAUUCAGGUACAGUUCACAAGGCUCAGUUCCAAAAACAGGUAAGAAUCCUUGUAGGUUCUCUGUAGAAAAGGCAUUUUAUUAGUAUGUAUUAAAGUGAUCUCACAGUAGUCUGGCAGAUAAGUACAAUGUGUUUGGUUGGGUUUUUUAACCGCAUAGCCUGUUUGCCCACUUGGACAAAUGUUUCACAUGGUAAUUGGGGGGGGCAGUGGGCUUACCUGAGUCACUGGAGAUCGUAGCAGGACAGGCUUUCUCAAAAGCUCCAACAAUCUGCGCAAACGUUUACAGUAUCCCUGUUAAAAGGGGAAGGAGUCUGAUUCCAGCCAGCAAAAGACUCGCACUGUAAUUUGUCAUGGAUAUACAAUAGACGAGUAUUUCUUUUAAACGUGUGUCAGCAGGCUCUUAAAAAAAAAAGCAAGUUUUAGUUUGGGGGGCCUGUGAUACUUCUCUGAAACUAGAGCAAGCCUCAACUUUGGGAGUAGCGGCCCUAAAGUUCCCAACAGAUGGUGAAAAUCAAUUCUAUUACUACUGGUUUGGGCCAAGAUGGCAGAUUUUUUUCUCUUUCUACAGAUGUAAAAACUUUUUACAGCCAUUUACUAUUGUGGUUAAUUAAUGGUCACUGUGUUAUUUUGCCUACCUCUAAGGUUUAAUGUACUUGCUGCAGGGCAUUUCAUGUCCACCCAAUCUCAAUCUUUUAUAUUUUUACCCUCUAUACCACAAGUAUAUGUAAUACAGGUAACUCAAUUGACCAUUCCCCUCAUAUAUAAAAUCCUGCACAUAGAAAAUUAACCCAUUGGAGAAGGUAACAGGCUAGAGCUUUUUCUGGAGGCGUAGAUCAGCCCUGUAAUAAUUGUUAAUAAAAAUGUAGUAUAGCAUGUAAGCUCACUGCUGCGCUGUGUCAACCUUUGAGUUCAUUAAACAGUUACGUAGAUCAAGUUAAUCUCACACAAAAUCUGCAAAUUAGCAGAGGACUUACUUCUGUUUCCCUUUUGACAUGACCUUUGGGUGCUGGAUGUGGCUGAACAAAAGACUUAACUUGGAUUAUGAAGUUUGCGUAUAUUGUUUCAGUUGAACUCUCUUUUUUUGCAGGGUGAGGGAGGAACGAAUAAGCGACUUAGCAGCAUCCAAUAGCCAUGCUUUACUUUUUCUAAGCUCAGCUGUGAUGCACUUCUAUCCCUGAAACACCCCAAUGUCAAGCAUUCUCACCACAGAAGUAAAACCCUGCACUUAGGACUAGAAUGUAGGGAGGUGGAAUCCUUGCAUGCAUGUGUGUGUAGGGGAGCGUUAUAGGCAAAGGUAAACGGACCCCUGACCAUUAGGUCCAGUCGUGGCCGACUCUGGAGUUAUGGCGCUCAACUCGCUUUAUUGGCCGAGGGAGCCAGCGUACAGCUUCCGGGUCAUGUGGCCAGCAUGACUAAGCCGCUUCUGGCGAACCAGAGCAGCGCACGGAAACGCCGUUUACCUUCCCGCCAGAGUGGUACCUAUUUAUCUACUUGCACUUUGACAUGCUUUUAAACUGCGAGGUGGGCAGGAGCAGGGACCGAGCCACGGGAGCUCACCCUGUCGCGGGGAUUUGAACCGCCGACCUUCUGAUCGGCAAGUCCUAGGCUCUGUGGUUUAACCCACAGUGCCACCUGCGUCCCACAGGGGAGAGUUAUACAUGGCCAAGCCUGUGUCAUGCUGGUUUCCCCUUUCUUCUUCCCAGGACAGGACAGCUCCAAAGUUGUUUCCGAGUCUCUUCCUCCUGACGCUCUGCAGCACCUCGUCGUCCUUUCUCACAAUCACAGCCAGGAAUGUGGCUUCAUCCCUAAUGUGAAGCCCUCGUUGCUGGACCAGAAAGAAGUCCCAAGCAGCAUGGUAUGGGAGUGCCUAGCCGGUCACACCUUCUCUUGGAGCCCCGCCACCUCGCAGACGUGCCCUCCGUCCCCCUGCAAGGCAGCCUCCAGGUGUCCAGAGGAGAAAGCCGUGCGUUCCAAGCCCAGCCCCCCACCCUCCCGCAUCAUCCGGCACCGGCGUUCCCUCCGCAGGGCGGCAGCAGCCCAUGCCUUCUCCUUAGCGCUCGCUUCGAACUCACCAAGCCCAGUGGACGAGGCAGAGCCAUCUUCCAAAGAGGAUGGGGAGGGCGGUGCGGACGGAGAGAGAUCGGCGUGCCUCUCUCCUGGCAGCGGAACAGUCCUUGGCGAGGAGGCGGGAUUGCUGAGCGACCAGAACCCCGAUGAGACAGGUGAGGGGGGCUGGCUGCUUGUAGGAUGCUGGAGGGAAGCCCUUGAACUUGAGAGCCAGUGUGGUGUAGUGGUUAAGAGCGAUAGACUCGUAAUCUGGUGAACCGGGUUCGCUUCCCCACUCCUUCACAUGCAGCUGCUGGGUGACCUUGGGCUAGUCCAGGGCUCAGCAUACUUUUUCAGCAGGGGGCCGGUCCACUGUCCCUCACACCUUGUGGGGGGCUGGACUAUAUUUUUUUUGGGGGGGGGAAUGAAUGAAUUCCUGUGCCCCACAAAUAAGCCAGAGAUGCAUUUUAAAUAAAAGCACACAUUCUACUCAUGUAAAAACACCAGGCAGGCCCCACAAAUAACCCAGAGAUGCAUUUUAAAUACCGGUAAAAGGACACAUUCUACUCAUGUAAAAACAUGCUGAUUCCCGGACUGUCCGUGGGCCGGAUUUAGAAGGCGAUUGGGCCAGAUCCGGCCCCCGGGCCUUAGUUUGCCUACUCAUGGGCUAGUCUCACUUCUCUGAAGUCUCUCAGCCUCACUCACCUCAUAGAGUGUUUGUUGUGGGGGAGGAAGGGAAAGGAAAUUGUUAGCCGUUUUGAGACUCCUUAAAGGGAGUGAAAGGCAGGGUAUCAAAUCCAAACCCUUCUACUUCUUGGAUGAUUAACGACCGAAGAGGCUAACUUGGGUUAGAGGCUAUAGGAGGGCGUUACGUUGGAGUGUGAGAUGCAAUUGUUGGGUGCACCUGAAAGUAAAAGCAGCCUGGAAAGGGCUGGCCCAGUAAGUGAAAUACCGUACUUUUCCAUGUAUAACACGCGCCCGUGUAUAAGACGCCCCCUAUUUAAGAAAAUGACCCAAAGUUGUGGAGCUUUUUUUGAGGGAGGCUGGCCCAAAGUUGUGGAGCUUUUUUGAGGAGGGGAUUGACAGAGAUUGACAAUCGCUUGCGUCUGCAACAAGCAUCUGCCGGAAACAGCAAGCAAACUUGCCACGGCAGUAGCCAAUCCACAACAGCCAUUGACCCAUCAACCAAUCACACACCCAUUUAACACAGCAGGAGCCAAUACAAAGAACCCCUUGCCACAGCCACCAAUCACACACAAAAUUGUCAAUGACAAGCUGCAGCUCAUGGCUGCAACCGAUCACCCGUCACCCCUAUCCACUAUCCGUGUAGAAGAAGCCCCCAGUUUUCAAACCUUAUUUUAGAGUAAAAAAAAGCUCGUCUUAUACACAGAAAAGUACAGUAAUAAAUUCAGCUCGCUUAAUAAGCAAGCACCAUUACGUUACAAAUUGUGGGAUAUGGUCUGCAAAGCAUGCCUGUCAAAUUCUUAUGGUUACUGAGAAAUUGAAUAAAUCUCCUCCAAUACUGUCAAAUAAUCAGAAACCACAGAGAAUCUGAAUGAAUUUCUAGUUCAUUUUUUUGUUCUUCCUCCUCUGUGUAUUUAGAUUAUCCUGCAGGUAGGAUUCUGUCAUUGAUAACUUUGUUAUAUGCCCCUUGGGGGCUAUUUGAGGAGGGGGGCACGCUUAAGGAAUUAUUAUCAUUACCAAGCCUGCCACAGGUUUUUAAAGCAAAACAAAGAGAAAUGUAGCAUCUCAUUUUAUUCGAAAGACACGUACCAGAAAAGAUCUAUUAAUUAGCCAUGUAGGUUUUGAUAAUAUGUCUAUGUAAUUUCUGUAUAUUCUUUUCUAAAUGGUAAUUGCUUGAAUUACAGUGGUACCUCGGGUUAAGAACUUAAUUCGUUCCGGAGGUCCGUACUUAACCUGAAACUGUUCUUAACCUGAAGCACCACUUUAGCUAAUGGGGCCUCCCGCUGCCGCCAUGCCACUGGAGCACGAUUUCUGUGCUCAUCCUGAAGAAAAGUUCUUAACCUGAGGUACUAUUUCUGGGUUAGCAGAGUCUGUAACCUGAAGCGUCUGUAACCCGAGGUACCACCGUAAUUGUAAUUGAGUUGGAAUAACAAAGGCGGUGGUGGUUAGAAAACAUCUUGUACCUUAUUGACACAAAAACGCAAAUUGCUGGUAUUAAAAAGGGGGUUUCUUUAUGGGGAAAACAUCUGCCUAUGUAAUAGCAGAAAGACUCCUCUAUACAGUUGUACCUUGGACGUUGAACAGAAUCCAUUCCGGAAGUCCGUUCGACUUCUAAAACGUUCGGAAACCAAAGUGUGGCUUCCGAUUGGCUGCAGGAAGCUCCUGCAGCCAAUCGGAAGCCAUGUCGGACGUUCGGGUUCCAAAGAACGUUUUCAAACCAGAACACUCACUUCCAGCUUUGCGGCGUUCAGGAGCCAAAGCGUUCAAGUCGCAAGGCAUUCGUCAACCAAGGUACGACUGUAAUUUUGUACUGUUCCUGGUUUAGACUGUGUUUUCAGUGGGGUCUUUUAUAUCAUCUUCAUUGUUCUUCGCGGACUGGAGGUUUCCCAGGUUACAAAGCGUGCAGUUCUGCUGAUUUCACUGCACAAGGCCGCAGUCUCAAUCCCUAGCAUCCCCAGCUAGGCUGGGACAGAUCCACUGCCCCAAACCCUAGACAGCUAGAGGACCUAGAUGGGCCAUUGGCCGGGCUGAGUAUCAGGCCGCUUCCUGUGUUCCUAUGUAUGCACAUUCUGUGGCUGUCUCACCCAGUUCUAACUGUGAAUGUUUCCUCUUGCAGCGACUCCCUCCGAAGAGAUUCCAGCUGCCACAGAAGUCACAGAACCUGAAAGGUCAGUUUCCAUGCUGCCUGGCUGCCUAGAUACAAGAGGCAGUUUACGACUUUAAAAUAAUAAAGCAAACAAAUGGUGCAAAACGCAGACCAGCAGAGUUUCUGCAGGCUGACCGAUGGGACUUCUCAGGAGCACAUGCCAUCAGCUCCCUGGCCUGGCUUCUUCACUUCUGCCUUCUCUCAGGGCACCCUUGAGUGAGAAUGUCAACGUGGAUCUCCACAUUGGCAGGACAGGCAUCUUUCCUCAGAUGACUGAGCUAAGGAAGAAUUGGGCUUUCCUGUUUCACAGCAGAGGCUGGCUACAAGGGUCGGCUAAAUAGUGGUUGUGGCGUUCACAAAAUUGCUAUGCUCCCCUGUCACCCAUUGGUGAUAUGUAUACCCGGUAUGUUGAUGAACCAUAUAUCUGUUGAUACAUUUUUUAAAAGCAUUUUUUGUCAUUUGUUGUUGUUUGCAUAGGGUCUGUUGGUUACUGCUCUAGGUAAUGGAGUUUAAAAAGGUAAAGGGUAAAGGGACCCCUGACUAUUAGGUCCAGUUGUGGCCGACUCUGGCGUUGCAGCGCUCAUCUCGCUUUAUCGGCCAAGGGAGCCGGCGUACAGUUUCCAGGUCAUGUGGCCAGCAUGACUAAGCCGCUUCUGGCGAACCAUAGCAGCGCACGGAAACACUGUUUACCUUCCCGCUGGAGUGGUACCUAUUUAUCUACUUGCACUUUGAUGUGCUUUCGAACAGCUAGGUUGGCAGGAGCAGGAACCGAGCAACGGGAGCUCACCCUGUUGCGGGGAUUCGAACUGCCGACUUUCUGAUCGGCAAGUCCAAGGCUCUGUGGUUUAACCCACAGCGCCACCCGCGUCCCUGUAAUGGAGUUUAGGGACCUUCAAAAGCCUUGUCUCCAAGGCAGUUUGAAGUUGCCCACCUCCACAGCAACCUUGCUAACACAUUCAUGGAAAAAGGCUGUGCAGUAAGCUUAGCAGUUACGGGAAACUCUCCUGCCUUUGAUGUCAGGAAGGGCUGGGCUGUAUGAACCGAUUCCCCUUUCUACGUUGAAGGAUCUUUGAGCCCUGCGCCCUCUCACUUAGUUUUUAUUUUAAUUAUUUUGUAUUCUCUGCAGCACUUUGCCUCUACCAGAGGAGACGCCAGAGUCUGUGCCUGACCAACCAGAGCAGGAAGAUGACGAAAGAGAGGAAGACAACCUGGUAUAUACAGAUGACCUGCAAGAUGAGAAUUAUCAUCCUUCCCUGGACAGGUAAAUGGGCUUUGCGGGGCAUUACCACCAGUUAAGGACUGUGCAAGCAUUUCUAGUUUAACGCUGCUGUUCUUAUUAUUACGACUUUUCUAUAUAAUAAUAAUAAUUUAUUAUUUAUACCCUGCCCAUCUGGCUGGGCUUCCCCAGCCACUCCGGGCAGCUUCCAACAAAAUAUUAAAAUACUGUAAUACAUCAAACAUUAAAAGUUUCCCUAAACAGGGCUGCCUUCAGAUGUCUUCUAAAAGUCUGGUAAUUGUUCUCUUUGACAUCUGGUGGGAGGGCGUUCCAUAGGGCGGGUGCCACUACCAAAAAGGCCCUCUGCCUGGUUCCCUAUAACUUGGCUUCUCGCAGUGCGGGAACCGCCAGAGGGCCCUCAGAGCUGGACCUCAGCGUCCGGGCAGAAUGAUGGAGGUGGAGACACUCCUUCAGGUAUACAGGACCGAGGCCGUUUAGGGCUUUAAAGGUCAGCACCAACACUUUGAAUUGUGCUCGGAAAUGUACUGGGAGCCAAUGUGGGUCUUUCAAGAUGGUCUAUCCCAUCUUUCCUCCAAGGAGCUCAAAGCAACUUCCAUGGUCCUCCCCACUCUCCAUUUUAAAACUCACAACAACCAUGUGAGAUGCAUUAAGCUGUGAGUCUGUGAAGUGCCCAGUUGAGCUGGGAUUUGAACUCUGGUCUGCCAGGUCCUAGUCUGCCACUGUUAAUUAGCUGAUUAGCUCUUGUGGCAUGCCACCCAUCCUUUAGAUUCCGGUAGCGUUGCAGUGGUGUUGCAUCCUGUCAAGUUAGUUUGGUUCCUGGGUGGCCAGAGCAACUGUUCAGGGCUCAAGUACUUAGCAGACAAGCUUUUGCCCCUUCAGGGCCGGAUUUAGGUUUGAUGAGGCCCUAAGCUACUGAAGGUAAUGGGGCCCUUUAUAUGUCCAGCUGUCCUUUGUCAAAUUGUCGCUGUUUUUGUGUUGAAUAUAUGCUAUAGGGUAAUUUAUGGAGCUAAUAGAUAUCUAAAGCCAUUUGUACAUGUUGCCAUACAACCAGUCCAUGCAGAAUGUAGGCACCCUAUAUAUAGAAAUGAGCAAACCAGUGAUAUUUUAGGGAGCAGGUUAGCAGGCGGGGCCUAUUACUUACAUCAUAGGAGCCUACACAACAACACAAAACACUGUUGCUGUAUGUAGGUUUUAUUUUAUUUGUUUUUUAUCUUAUAUUUUGGAAAUGUACAUCCAGUUUUUUUCCCUUUUAAUUUUUUGGGGGGCCCCCAAGAGAGUGGGGCCCUAAGAAGAAGAAGAUUUUGGGUUUGAUAUCCCACUUUAUCACUACCCAAAGGAGUCUCAAAGCGGCUAACAUUCUCCCUUCCUCCCCCACAACAAACACUCUGUGAGGUGAGUGGGGCUGAGAGACUUCAGAGAAGUGUGACUGGCCCAAGGUCACCCAGCAGCUGCAUGUGGAGGAGUGGGGAAGCAAAACCAGUUCACCAGAUUACGAGUCCACCACUCUUAACCACUACACCACACUGGCUAUCGCUUGUUUAGCUCAUACAUAAAUCUGGCACUGUGCCCCUUCCAUUUUCCCACCACUUUUAAAGACGGCUGCUUCCCUCAUCCUUGCCACAGUGGCAGCCUAAAGACCCUUCUGGGGAAGGAUCCUUUUUGUUGUUACAUGGAAGACCCUUUCAUUGCUAUGCUUACCAAGCUUAUUUCUUCCUGUACAGUUGCAAGAAGCGGGCACAGCCUGGUGAUGAGGAUGUGGCCCAGAUUGGUCCAAAGAGAAUCAGGUGGGUGCUGGUCCAUUGGCUUUUUGAGCCCAAAGGGCAUGCCUUUAACCUCCCCAGAAGUGGCCCAUAGCGUAGGGACCAUGGAAGAAGGCCUCUAAUUCAUGGUUAGAUUAAGGUGGUCAUGCUAGACAAAUGGACUGAUCUAUUGAAUCCCUAGCCCUAACCCUAGUCUCCUGAGAAAUCUCUAUAUGGGACAAGAAGCUACAGUUAGAACUGGAUAUGGAACAACUGACUGGUUCAAAAUUGGGAAAGGAGUACGGCAAGGCUGUAUAUUGUCUCCCUGCUUAUUUAACUUAUAUGCAAAAUUCAUCAUGCGAAAGGCUGGGCUGGAUGAAUCCCAAGCCGGAAUUAAGAUUGCCGGAAGAAAUAUCAACAACCUCCGAUAUGCAGAUGACACAACCUUGAUGGCAGAAAGUGAGGAGGAAUUAAAGAACCCUUUAAUGAGGGUGAAAGAGGAGAGCGCAAAAUAUGGUCUGAAGCUCAACAUCAAAAAAACAAAGAUCAUGGCCACUGGGCCCAUCACCUCCUAGCAAAUAGAAGGGGAAGAAAUGGAGGCAGUGAGAGAUUUUACUUUCUUGGGCUCCAUGAUCACUGCAGAUGGUGACAGCAGUCACGAAAUUAAAAGACGCCUGCUCCUUGGGAGAAAGGCGAUGGCAAACCUAGACAGCAUCUUAAAAAGCAGAGACAUCACCUUACCAACAAAGGUCCGUAUAGUUAAAGCCAUGGUUUUCCCGGUAGUGAUGUAUGGAAGUGAGAGCUGGAAGAAUUGAUGCUUUUGAAUUAUGGUGCUGGAGGAGACUCUUGAGAGUCCCAUGGACUGCAAGAAGAUCAAACGCAUCCAUUCUUAAGGAAAUCAGCCCUGAGUGCUCACUGGAAGGACAGAUCGUGAAGCUGAGGCUCCAAUACUUUGGCCACCUCAUGAGAAGAGAAGACUCCCUGAAAAAGACCCUGAUGUUGGGAAAGAUGGAGGGCACAAGGAGAAGGGGACGACAGAGGAUGAGAUCAUUGGACAGUGUUCUGGAAGCUAUGAGCAUGAGUCUGACCAAAUUGCGGGAGGCAGUGGAAGACAGGAGUGCCUGGCAUGCUCUGGUCCAUGGGGUCCAUGGGGUCACGAAGAGUCGGACAUGACUAAACGACUAAACAACAACAUUGAAUCCCUAUUAUUUGUCCAUGGUCAAAUAUUCCAUGAAUCUGGUGAUGCUUGAAGAAUGGGCCGGCUGUCAACUUAGCACAAACACCUUUAAAUACUGCUUUUUGUUUUUCAGUAGGUGUCGGGGAACCUUCCAGAGUAGAAAGAGAGGCAGGAGCUCUAGAAGGGAGGAAGGGGAAUUCCAUUGCACCUACUAAAUCUCACCCACUGUUCUCCUUAAAAAAACAGCCUAAGUAUAACAGCUGCUUAAAUAUAGUGAUGCUGUUCUGAGAAAGUUGACCCUAUAAAAAUAUUUGGCCAAGUAUAUGACAUCUGACCAUAUCGUUUUUGAGUAAUCCAGUGCUUGACGCUUGACAUAAGAACAUAGGAAGCUGCCUUGUGACGAAUCAGAUCAUUUGUCCAUCUAUCUCAGUAUUGUCUACACCGGCUGGCAGCAGCUCUUCAGGGUUUAAGAACGGGGAACCUGGAGAUGUCAGGGAUUGAACCUGAGUUUCCUCUGCCUUUCUUCGCAGGAAGGCAGCCAAGCGAGAGAUCCUCCUCUGCGACUAUGAUGGCUGCGGGAAGAUCUUCUCCAACCGCCAAUAUUUGAAUGUAAGUGAUGGAUCAGUGGCAGGAAGCACUUCCCCAUGCACGAGGGCAGAGAGGGGACAUGGAGCACUUGGAAAUGGUCGAAUCCUGAGGAAACGUGAAUUGGUCAGCCAGGACUAUUUGACUGCCUCGGGAGGUGAUAAGGUCUCCUUCGUAGGAGGCAGUUAAACAAAAGCCUGUUGGAGAUACAUUUGCAGAUUCCUGCACAGAGCAAGGGGUUGUAUUAGAUUACCUCCACGGUCCCUUGCAGCUCUAAAAUUCUGUAAUUUUAGGAAAUCCGGUUUGGUGGGGAACAUACUGUAUGACCACUCGCAUAGCAGCAGGAAAGGCCGCCAUAUUGAUAGGUGAUCAGAGAAAGGUUUAGUGCAGCCUACUGGCCCACUAGUUGAGGACCAAAAGUUUAAAAAAAAAUAUAAAGGACCCCUGGACAGUUAAGUCCCGUCAAAGGCGACUAUGGGGUUCGAGUGCUCAUCUCGCUUUCAGGCCAAGGGAGCCGGCGUUUGUCCACAGACAGCUUUCUGGGUCAUGUGGCCAGCAGGACUAAACCGCUUCUGGUGCAACGGAAUGCCGUGACAGAAACCAGAGCGCAGAGAAAUGCCAUUUCCCUUCCCGCCGCAGUGGUACCUAUUUAUCUACUUGCACUGGGGUGCUUUCGAACUGUGGGUUGGCAGGAGCAGGGACAAAGCAAUGGGAGCUCACCCCCGUUGGGUGGAUUCAAACCACCAACCUUCUGAUCAGCAAGCCCAAGAGACUCAGUGGUUUAGACCACAGCGCCACCCUUUAGUUGAGGACCAGCAUAUUGUCCAUACAAACUCUUAUGUUCUGAACUACAAACCCAAAGGAGAGCCUGAGCAAGUGGUUUGAGGCAGGGAGGCCAAAGGAGGAUGUCAAAAACACCAGAAUGACCAGUCUUAGCGUUUUAUUAAAGAAAGGUAUCCACUUACAACACAGUGUGCAGAACCUCACUGCCUUUACAGUCUUGGGACAGACACCACCACAGUGAGAGGUCGCCAGGGCUUGUCUGCAAAGUGCUAAUACGUUAAAUGUAUGUUGGCUUGGCCAGAACCUCCCAUCGAUCCACCUGACCUGUGAGGGCAUAUAGGCGGCAAUCGUCCGAGGCUUACAGAUAGCUCCCCUCUCUUGGCCGAGAGUCCAGUAUCGCAGGGCCCGCAGAUAAGCAUAGCAUCAAAGCAAGCCAGGUACCACAUCUCAAAACAAGUGAAUAUCAACAUCUAGGUGCUCAUUCUUGCACCAAAUAAUUGUAGGGUUAUCUUGACGGUCGAGAUGGCAUUUGCAGAAUUUCUGGAACACCUGACUUUUGCUUCAACACACUCUGUCCCUAGUUAAAAGGUAAAGGGACCCCUGACCAUUGGGUCCAGUCGUGGCUGACUCUGGGGUUGCGGCUCUCAUCUCGCUUUAUUGGCCGAGGGAGCCGGAGUGCAGCUUCCGGAUCAUGUGACCAGCAUGACUAAGCCGCUUCUGGCGAACCAGAGCAGUGCACGGAAACGCCGUUUACCUUCCCGCCAGAGCGGUACCUAUUUAUCUACUUGCACUUUGACGUGCUUUCGAACUGCUAGGUUGGCAGGAGCAAGGACUGAGCAACGGGAGCUCACCCCGUCGCAGGGAUUUGAACCACCGACCUUCUGAUCAGCAAGCCCUAGGCUCUGUGGUUUAACCCACAGCGCCACCCACGUCCCCUGUCCCUAGUUAACUGCAGAAAGUUUCCAUGGGAGCCCCACCCCUUCAAGGAUUUCAUGCCCAGCAAUAUAGACAGAAAGAACUGUGGAGGAUCAUUCAUUGGGCAUGGUCCUUCAUGCCCUCCUCGUAGGGACAUUAGAUGCUGGAGGUGGUGGGCAUGCAAAGCUCCCUGGGGCAGCAUACCUACCACAGCAGAAUCCCACCUUGCUCCAUCAAAGCCAUGUAAAGAGGCAGCGGACGGGCACAUUUCUGAGACUGCAGUUUGUCAUGCCAUUAUGUGAUGUAUUUUAUCUGCUCAGGAAGAUUGCUUUGCUCUGUUUUUGUAAAGCAGUUUUGUUGCAGUAGGCAGAGUUUUUGUUCCACUUUGACCUCUUUUUCUGCCCCCUCAGCACCACAAGAAAUAUCAGCAUGUUCACCAAAAAACGUUCACCUGCUCUGACCCCAGCUGCGGCAAGUCCUUCAACUUCAAGAAGCACCUUAAGGAGCACGAGAAACUGCACAGCGGUGAGGAUUCUUGUAGGAUCCCACCUGGUUAGGAUCCCUACCAGCCCAGCUCUUGAAGUGCUUUUAACUUGCCUUUGGCGAACCCUUUCCUGCCCCCUUAUUCCAUCCGGGAGAUGAUGUGGAGAGCAGCUAGCCAUAGAUUGGUCCUGAACGGGUUCAAGUUCCUGCUCCCAGAAGGGAGCAAAUUAUGUAGAAGCCCAUACUAUGGUGUCUAGAGGUAUAUAUUUGGGCAGGCCCCACAGCUAUUAUUUGAGGUUGGUUUUCAUUUCAGGGUAUUGAGUUAGUCUUCAGACUUAUCAAGAGGAUUUAAGAUUGGCAGUGUGAGACUCGCAGAAACACGGCAGCAUGGCAUGCAAGAUCAGAAAACAUUGCCCAGUGCACAAUUAUUCACUCAAAAGAAAGAUGGUGUGAAAUUAUAGAUAGAGAUAUAAAUAAGAUAGUUUAUCCUUCCAGAUUCGAACUGUAAGUCCUUUGAUAAUCAUAGGUAAAAGGUAAAGGGACCCCUGACCAUUAGGUCCAGUCGUGGCCGACUCUGGGGUUGCGGCGCUCAUCUCGCUUUAUUGGCCGAGGAAGCCGGCAUACAGCUUCCGGGUCAUGUGGCCAGCAUGACUAAGCCGCUUCUGGCGAACCAGAGCAGCGCACGGAAACACCGUUUCCUUUCCUGCCGGAGCGCUACCUAUUUAUCUACUUGCACUUUGACGUGCUUUCAAACUGCUAGGUUGGCAGGAGCAGGGACCGAGCAACGGGAGCUCACCCCGUCGCAGGGAUUCGAACCGCCGACCUUCUGAUCGGCAAGUCCUAGGCUCUGUGGUUUAACCCACAGCACCACCUGUGUCCCUCAUUGAUAACCAUAGAGGUUUGCAAAAUCUGCUUUUGUUGUCUUGCUAGAUAUAGAUGUAUCUUGAAAGAUACUUGAAACAUUUUCAGAGGUUUGUUCUCCAUUGAACUGCUUUGAUUUAGGAAUUGGUGUGUGAGAGAGAGAGCAUUUUUGUUAUUUGGAUCCUAACUCUCCUUCCAUUAACGGAACGGUGUUCACAUUCACAAAACAAUGCUAUCCUGCCUUUGUGUUCCUCCUGUGCUCCCCCCCCCAAAAAAACCCCACCCAAAUCUGUUCUUGGGGUUUGGGGGAUCCUUGGGAUUGAUGUGGGAUAUGGUGCCCAACAGAUGAAGGGGAAAGUUGGCAGAAAUCACCUCCUCUGUUACAUGAAUUGGGGGGGGGGGACUUAGGAUGCCUGCCAAUAUGUGUAACAGGAUUUUGUAUGUGUACACUGUAGUAGUUAAAAGAUUAAUAUUUGGAAAACUAUUAGACACUCGCUGCAAUAUAAGCUUGUUACCUUGGGCCCAAAAUAGCCAGUGACCUACUUUUUUCUUCCCUGCAGAUAAAAGGGACUAUAUCUGUGAGUUCUGCGCCCGCUCCUUCCGAACUAGCAGCAAUUUGAUCAUCCACCGGCGAAUCCACACUGGGGAAAAACCCUUACAGUAAGGACUGUUGUAUUGUACUAUUGAUAAUAAGAACAAUUAGUAAUGCGUUUUCUUCUUUGGCGAUCACUCGUAGCCAAGUAAGAUUGUCUUCCAUAAGCACGGUUUUAACAAUGAGUCCGUAAGUGACUGUGGAGGCCAAUUCUGGAUCCACAUGUCCUUCCACAGUGGGGACCUGGGUUUCCGGGCGGGAGUUGAUCACGGUGAGGGUUUGCCAAGCGUGCCUUCCUCCUAGCACGUUUCUUCCUUGCGUCCUGAGUCCAACUGUUUUCAAAGCCCAUGACACCUUUGGUAAAGGCUGUUCUCCAACUGGAGCGCUCGCAGGCAAGUGUUUCCCAGUUGUUGGUGUUUAUACUACUUUUUAAAAAAAAUUGCCUUGAGACAGUCUUUAAACUUCUUUUGUUGACCACCAGCAUUAUGCUUUCCAUUUUUAAGUUCAGAAUAGAGUACAGUCAUACCUCGGGUUACAGACACUUUUCGGGUUGCACACCGCGCUGAACCCGGAAGUACCAGAAUGGGUUACGCUCGUGUAUGCGCAGAAGCGCUAAAUCGCACUUUGCGCAUGCGCAGAAGUGCUGAAUCGCAGCAUGCGCAGAUGCAGCGCUGCGGGUUGCAAACCUGCCUCCCGCACGGAUCACGUUGGCAGUGGACAGAGCGUCCACUGUAGUUGCUUUGGAAGAUGAUAAAUUCACCAGCAGCUCCCAAGGUAAGGUAAAGGUAAAGGGACCCCUGACCAUUAGGUCCAGUCGCGGCCGACUCUGGGGUUGCGGCACUCAUCUCGCUUUAUUGGCCGAGGGAGCCGGUGUACAGCUUCCAGGUCAUGUGGCCAGCAUGACUAAGCCGCUUCUGGCAAACCAGAGCAGUGCACGGAAACGCCGUUUACCUUCCCGCCAGAGCAGUACCUAUUUAUCUACUUACACGCUGACGUGCUUUCGAACUGCUAGGUUGGCAGGAGCAGGGACCGAGCAACGGGAGCUCACCACAUCGCGGGGAUUCGAACCGCUGACCUUCUGAUCGGCAAGUCCUAGGCUCUGUGGUUUAACCCACAGCGCCACCCGCAUCCCUAGCUCACAAGGUAGGCUGCAGCAAAUUAAAAUUCAAUAUUAAAAACUGCUAAAACAAGACAUAGGAAUAUGGUGGGUCCAAAAAACACAUAUCCCCUAGUAUACGGGGAUGGAGCUGUCCAGUCAUGAGUUCCCUGAAGCCCCUCAUGCAGAUGAGCAUCACCACCCCUUUUCUUUUAUGUUUGAUGCAGGUGUGAGAUCUGUGGGUUCACCUGCCGCCAGAAGGCCUCCCUCAACUGGCACAUGAAGAAGCACGACGCGGACUCCUUCUACCAGUUCUCCUGCGACCUCUGCGGCAAGAAGUUUGAGAAGAAGGACAACGUCACCGCGCACAAGAGCAAGAGUCACCCCGAGGUGGCUGCCGGGCCUCCGCAGCCUGUGCAGGAACCCCCUGCUCUGACCCACCCGCUUGCUCUGGAGCCGUUGGAAAACCCCGUGCAGAGCCAGCCCGGCAACCCACCAAGGAGGGCGGAGGAGUCCGCCCUCAUCAUCGCAGUCACUAUCGAGUAAUUGGGCCGGGCCAAUCGAGAAGCAAAAUGGCGGAGAGGAUUCCUGGCAAAUCCUGUCAGCGACAGAAAUGGACUCCGGCGUUUGGUUCGCAGUCGCAGAAGGAUGCAAGAUGGAGACCCCAGAAAGGGGUCUGGAAAGCCUUGACCCCAGAAAGCAAUGUCUUGCCAGCUGCAUCCCUUCAGCGCAGCUGCUUUCGGACUCGGUAUCUGCAACACAAACGGCCCAGGGCUCAGCCUUGCCUAGUGGCAGGAUGAUGAGGAGUACAGUAUCAGGAAGGCCUUGAAAGGCUUAAGUUUGUGGUGAUUCAAUCCCAGACCCCAAGUAUGGGAGGGACUAAGGAGGCCCGGGCAGCUGGUAGAGGAGGCGUAAACAUACCACUUCAACUCUCACCUCACAUGGACAACAGCUCUGGAUUUAGCACGUAUGGAUUAAUGACGAUGGAAGACGUGCCGUGCCCUGUUGUUGUUCUUAAAUCCUUUUCCUUUGGGAAGCUUAAAGGAUGCCACUGUCUCGCAUGGAGCUGGAAGCCAAGGACCUGGAAUAUGCAAGGCGUAGCCUCCGCUACAGAACUGUGAUCAGAACUGGAGAUACACUCUGGAACCUGUAUAUGCAAAUCUUUGCUAAUUUUACAUGUUUCACUAGCCUUGGAGGUGGACUGACAUGUUAUGGAGAGAUGGCAAAGACCUGGGCAGAGCACUUCACUCCCAACCCGUGGCCACUGGAAAUUGUUUACCUUGGCUUUGGAGAUUCACCAGGCAUUUCCCAGAGACUCAAUCCUUAAAGGGGGGUGGAGAGAAGCACAUUUCUAGUUCUUACGGCUGCAUAAAGAGAGGUUUUUGGGUGGGGAUCGGGGGUUUUUUAAUUCUCAGGAAACUAAAUCCUGCAGCCAAUCCAACACCCUGCAUUUUUUCCUGUGCUUGCACAUUGUUAUUUAAUACAUUUCCCGUUCCUGCCUAGCUUGCACAGAUUUUAUGUUGUUAUGUGGGCCAUUGAGAAACUUAGCUUUCACUCCUGGGCUUCCCGCAGCCAGUUAGACUUUUCAGCCAUCCAGCUUGAGCCUGCAGUUUUGUACCUUAUCAUCUCAGUAGGUAGAGCACAAGGCUCAGCAUCGUGGGUUAGAGUCUCAAGCUGGGCAAAAGAUUCCUGCAUUGCAGGGGGUUGGACGAGAUGACGCUUGUGGUCCCUUCCGACGCUACAAUUCUAUGAUUCUAUCUGGAGCCGCCUUCCUGUAAUUUAGGCAAUAGUCCAAGGAGAAUAAGGAGUUGGCACAAGGUACUCAGCAGAUCAAGACUCUUCAUUCCUGGUGUACCUUGUUUAGGGUAAGCUCAAACCUACAUUCCUGCUUCUUUUGGAUAUUCCCACCCUGCCGUCUGAGAUGAAAGCCAGCAGCAGCAACAGACUCCAUACUCCAAACUUUAUUAUGUGUGAGCAGGUUCUGAUGAGCCAUUUCACGAGGCGAUGACCCUAAGGCAGCUUUGCUCCCACUCUUUGGAAAUUUUAGAAUUUUUAAAAAGCCUUAUAAGGCUCUGAGCAUGCCUCAUCUGAGGACAAGGAAUUCUUCUCCCUGUGAAGCAGCUGUGAUAGGGAUCUUUUAGCUAUAACUGGCGCUGUGGGUUAAACCACAGAGCCUAGGGCUUGCCGAUCAGAAGGUCGGCGGUUCGAAUCCCUGCAACGGGGUGAGCUCCCAUUGCUCGGUCCCUGCUCCUGCCAACCUAGCAGUUCGAAAGCACACCAGUGCAAGUAGAUAAAUAGGUACCGCUCUGGCAGGAAAGGAAACGGUGUUUCCGUGCACUGCUCUGGUUCGCUUAGUCAUGUUGGCCACAUGACCUGGAAGCUGUACACUGGCUCCCUCGCCCAAUAAAGCAAGAUGAGUGCCGCAACCCCAGAGUCAUCCGCAACUGGACCUAAACGGUCAGGGGUCCCUUUACCUUUUACUACAUGGAGAUGCCAGAAUUACCUGUCGUCGCUCAAAGGAGGCUAUUGCAUCUCUGCACUCGAGUUGGUUCUUUGGGCAUCCAUUCAGAAAAAAACAAGUAUAGCUCAGCUCUCCUAGUCCAGACUGCAGAAUCUGCAAAGCACAUUAUCUUUGGGUUUUCCCCCGUCACAGCUUACUGGAGUGUUCUGCAAAGGCGCACAGUAAUUCCCAUGUUUUUGGAGAACAGAGGACUGAAAGAAAAUGCCAAGUGCAUCUCUGCCGAAGUGAAGAGAGAGUUUAAUCCAAGAGUUUGUCUUCCCUACAGACUUAACCGUUUUAACAGUCGCACACAGAGUGAACUCUGGAAACUUGUGCAAGCGUCACCCACCCUGGAAUGGCAUUCACAAUGAAGAGUAAGACAUUUUAAAAUAACUGAGGGACAGGGUCUCCUACAAAGGAUUCUCAACUACCCCACCAAUAAUAUCUCAUUGCACCAUCCUGUGUCUAAAUCCUGGAUUAGAAUUAGUCCUACUUGUGACACUAAAGCCUCAGUUUCAUGACCCAUAUAAAUUGCGCAAAUGCUUUUAUUUUGAAAUUUUUAUUCUGUUUCUGCUCAUCAAGGGAAGCAGAAAGGAACUAUAUAGAAAUGGAAAUCCUUUCCUCUGACAGCGGCUCUUUGAGACACAGUAACAGCCCUGAAGUUCAGUCCAGUGUCUUUUUCUCAUGAUGGACAGACACGGUUGUGAAGCCCACUUCACACCGGUGACUUGAGGGCAUCCUGCCGUUCUUUGCAGCAACUGGUAUUCCCAAGCAUGGCACCUCCAGCCCUAGAGGGGAGCAUAUACCCACCAUGACUAGUAGCCGUUGACUGCCUCCGUGAGUUUGUCUUCUUCAGAUAUUGCACAGAAACUAGGUAUUUCAUCCACAAGGAAUAGUAAAACUGCAUUACCUUUUGAUAUAAAGUUGAGGUUCUUACCAAGUUGGGUUUCUGUAGUUUUUCAACACUCGUUUAGAAUUGCAACAUAUGAAACAGUCCUGAUUCUUUUCCCCCCUGAAUUCCUCACACUGGGUUUAGAUUAUUUCUCAGCAGUGAGUAUCAUUGGGUGGUCCUGAGCCAGCCACUUCCUCCCUAGCUAAAGUGGGGUAACUCCCAUAUAGGCC